GCCUCCAGUCACUCGGGCCGCUCUGCCCUCUCUUCUAUCCAUCUGACUCAAGACGCUCCCGCUUCUCUCGUUAACCAAUCGACACGCUGGCCGCCUUCAUCCGACGACGGCUUCUGUCCGCCAUGGCUUCUCCAGGGCCCAGAAGAUUCGCUCCUUUGCGAGCAACGGCAGAUUUGUCACCUUUUAAUGCCGCUCCGCCACUGAGAGGCAUCGUAUUUGACAUGGAUGGGACGUUAAGUGUGCCGCAGACAUACAUGUUCAAGGAAAUGCGCUCCGUUCUCGGAAUCCCUCAAUCAGUGGAUAUUCUCGAACACAUUGAUAAACUGCCCCCUCACCAGCAGCCACCGGCCCACGAAGCCAUCCGCGCCAUUGAGCGCAAGGCUAUGGCCUCGCAGGCGCCCCAGCCUGGCCUCCAGACCCUCAUGUCGUAUCUCGAAGCCUACCAGGUCCCCAAGGCCAUCUGCACCCGCAACUUCGACCUCCCCGUCCAGCACCUCAUCACAAAGUUCCUGCCCGCCUCCCAGUUCUAUCCCGUCAUCACCCGGGACUUUCGACCUCCUAAACCUCAUCCGGCAGGCAUCAUGCAUAUUGCUCAGAGCUGGGGUCUGAUAGACGGCUCCGGAGCCGUGGAUGCGAGCGGCCUAAUCAUGGUUGGAGACUCUCUUGAUGACCUAACGGCAGGGAGAAUGGCGGGAGCUGCGACGGUGCUGCUGCUCAACGACGUAAAUAAGGAACUGGCCAACCACGAGAAUACAGAUUUGGUGAUCCACCAGCUGGACGAGUUGAUUCAAAUACUGGAAAAUGGCUUUCAGGGGCGGUUGAUAGAGCCAGGCCGUUUACUGUCGUGAUUUCGAGUAGUAUAUCCAGACAUUAGAUUCAAGCGCUUCCCAGCAUAACACAAAAAUACUCCCAUUGGUAAUCAGCUGGCUGUUGUAGACACAGAGAUGUAUAUAUAAACACUCAAAUAUAUGCUCUUUUUCCUAUGAGGGAAAUGACGAAUACAAACCUUAACUUAAAGUUAAAUUGCACAAGUCCUCUUUUCACUCUCUCCCUUUGUUGCCAAUUCAUUGUUUUCUUGCUGGAUUCAACGCUUUGUGUUCGCUACAUAUACAUCGCACUAUAA